UCAAUAUAUACUUAACAUAUGCAGGUAUGUACUUAUAUCCGGAUGUAUUCUUUUUCUGAUUUUCACAUUGCAGUGGAUGACAAGGAUUCUAUCAUGGCUAGUAUUCCAGCAGAUUUGAGGGAAAAGGGUUCAGAGUUGUAUGAUUCACUGAUAGAUGGGAAGGGAGGAUUGAAAACUCUUAUUGAGUGCAUAAAAGAUAAGGACCCAGACAAAGUAUCAGUCGGUCUAGCAUCUUCACUAGAUGCUGUUGCACAACUGGAGCUGUUACAGAUAACCGUGUUGCUUCUCUGUGCUUUAGAGUCAUUUUUCUACGUCACUAGAAGGUGUGAAACGUUAUGUACUGGAUAUUGAUGCUAUCUGUGCUUGGAAUUUCAUUGCUGUAUGUGUUGCAACUUGCAAGUAAUAUACUAUCUAAAGGGUUUUUUUUUUGAAAGGCCCCAGGGUUGUCCUUCUUGCUGCCUCAGCAGUACUUGAAAUAUCCAAGUCUUACAGGGAGAGGAAUUGUAGAGUUAGUCAUUGAGAAAGGUGAUGGUGCAACAUUCUCUCCCGAAGCUGGUGGUGAGCCAUGAAAAACAGCCACAAUUCAGGUUGUUUUAGAUGGAUAUUCAGCACCAUUGACUGCAGGGAACUUUGCAAAACUGGUAAGGUAGUGAAAUCUCCCUUAUCCUCCGUUUUUUUGAACAUUUUGCUGACACCGUAGGAAAUUUUUGGAAUGAAAUAAGCCAUCAGACAUCAAAAUAUUGUACCUAACAAGGAAACAUUCUUCCUAGAGAGAGAGAGAGAGAGAGAGAGAGAGAGAACACUAGUUAAGAGCUCUGUUAAAGCAUCCAACUCAAAACCAAUUGGCAAUGAGUGGAGUUGUCGCUCAGGCUCAUAUACUAGUUUUUGAGGUAACUAUUGACCGAUGUGGGACAAACACUAACAAUCCCCCACACUCGCACGUGGUGAGGUAAAUAAACGAUUCAACACAUACGACAACAAUCAACUAUCAACGACAAACAAAGGGAAAAACCAACCAUCAAUGACAUAUAGUCUUGUCCAAAAACCCCCGAAAGCCUAGCUUUGAUACCAUGUUAAAGCAUCUAACUCAAAACCAAUUGGCAAUGAGUGGAGAGGCCGCCUAGACUCAUAUACUAAUUUUGGAGGUGAUUAUUAACUGAUGUGGGACAAGCUCUAACAAGCUCUAUAACUCACUGUUUUAACAAAUAUCUGGUCUUUGUAAGUUUGAAAUUCAGGAAAGUACUUGUGUUGUGUCUCAAAGCAUAACCCAUAGCAAGUGGACUGAGCCUUAAAGAGAAAAUCUUUUGAUUGACUGAUGCGGUUAUUGAUCAGUUUUGUUUUUAUAUGAUACAAAUUUGCACAAUUGAAAUGUGCGGUUUACGUGGUCGACGGGGCUUACAAUGGGGUGAAGCUCAGUUGUAUUAACCAAGCAAUUCUCUCAGACAGCAAGAACAGUGGUUAUAGUGUUCCCCUGGAGAUAAUGCCAUCUGGGCAAUUUGAGCCACUGAACAAAACAACUCUCAGUGUGCAGGAUGGAGAGCUGUCUGUGCUUCCUCUAUCUGUUUAUGGUGCAGUUGCCAUGGCUCACGGUGACUUUUCCGAGGAGUAUUCAUCACCAUAUCAGUUUUUCUUUUACCUUUAUGAUAAGAGAAGUGCUGGCUUAGGUGGGUUGUCUUUUGAUGAGGGCCAGUUUUCUGUCUUUGGAUACCUAACUGUUGGACGAGAAAUUCUUCCUGAGAUUAAAACCGGAGAUCUUAUUCGAUCCGCAAAGCUAGUGGAGGGUCAAGAUCGUCUGGUAUUCCUAGUUGAGACUUAAUAUGCUGUCUUUCUGGACCUAUGGAGAGCAGAGAAUACCCAUUGUGGUGUUAGGGCCUAUGGAGAGCAGAGAAUCACUAAGCUUCUUUGACUUGAAAACCCCCAACAUAAAUGUAUUCGACUAAUAAGAUAUAUUGUUGAAUAUACUACAGAAUGCUCACUUGGGCAUUCUAACUGAUAGGAAAUUGUUUUGUAAAAACAAAAUGAUAUUUGGUUCAAGCUGCUUGUUGCCUAAAUUUAUGAAUUAAGCAGGUGAAAACAAAUGUUCCAUA